AAUCUGUAAGUCAAUGAGCACCGUUUUACUGUUAAACUGACUUUAUUACCUCAUGAAUCUACCUCAGUACAACUUUAUUUUCUACAAUACAUAACGGGCCAAUGUGUCCGCAAAUAAAUACCUCAAUCUCAUUGCUGCACAAGUUGUGAUCUAAGGCUGCAGAUGGCUUCGUUUCCAGACUCGGACCUGCAGACGUGCCCUCUCUGCAAGGAGCUGUGUGGCUCCUCUGCUCCUAUUUCCUCGAGCUCCUCUACCUCCUCAUCUUCCUCACAUACCUCUUGCUCCUCCAGCCAGACCACCAGGAGGCUCCACGUCCUGCCCUGCCUCCAUGCCUUCUGCAGGCAGUGCCUGGAGGGCCAGCGGAGUCCUGGGGAUCCUCUGAAGCUUAGGUGCCCCACCUGUGACCAGAAGGUUUCUAUCUCUGAGUCUGGGGUGGACUCCCUGCCUUCAUCCAACUUUCUGUUCAGCAACCUGCUGGAUGUGGUGGUGAGCUCUGAAGAGCAGAUUCUGAACAAAAACGGUCACCAUCAUCGGGGAGGUUUGGGUGGAGGCUCCUCAAGCUUCCAUCUCCCCCAUGGAGGCCUGCUUCACUCGCACAACCUUGGGGAGCCUCAGUGCAGCUCCUGCGAUGAGGAGAAUCCUGCCUCAUCUCACUGUAUUGACUGCCAAGAGUAUCUGUGUGAUAACUGUGUGCGGGCACACCAAAGGGUGCGUCUGACUAAGGACCACUUCAUAGAGCGCCUCGGAGACAACCUCCACCUUGGCCGCAUCAAUGCCAACAGCAACACUGGUCAGCCGGGGGUGCCGGUGUCACUUGCUCAGUCCCUGCAAAACAACUUUGCCCUGCUGUCUCUGUUCCAGGACCACAUGAGCUUCUGUCAACACCAUGACAAUGAGGUAUUUCUCUUCUUCUGUGAAACCUGCUCUGUGCCCAUCUGCAGAGAGUGCAGCGUGGGCCGUCAUAUGGGGCACACCUUUGUUUAUCUACAAGACGCCGUACAAGACUCCAGGGCCAUCACCAUCCAGCUGUUGUCAGAUGCGCAGCAAGGGCGACAGGCUGUGCAGCUAAGCAUGGAGAAGGUCCAGGCCAUGGCAGAGCAGGUGGAGAUCAAAGCCAAGGUGGUGCAGACUGAAGUGAAGGCCCUUGUCCUCCGACACAAGAAAGCUCUGGAGGAGAGGGAGUGUGAACUACUUUGGAAGGUGGAAAAGAUCCGUCAGGUGAAGGCCAAGUCUCUGUACCUGCAGGUUGAGAAACUGCACCAGAGUCUGACCAAGUUGGAUAGCACAAUCGCUGCCGUGAGUCAGGUGCUGGAUGAGGGCCGCCACCUUGAUGUGCUGCUGGCCAGGGAGCGAAUGCUCACCCAGAUCCACGAGCUGAAGGCUUUGAGGGGUCUGCUGCAGCCACAAGAAGACGACCGCUUCAUGUUCACUCCUCCUGACCAGGCUCUGUACAUAGCCGUCCAGUCCAUGGGCCUCAUCAGCAGCGGGGCAUUUGCCCCGGUCACCAAAGCCCAUGGUGAGGGUCUAAAAAGUGCGCUCCGUGGCAAGCCUGCCUCCUUCACUGUGAUUGGAUACGACCAUGAUGGUGAGCCACGCCUUUCCGGUGGGGACACAGUGUCUUCAAUCGUCAUGUCGGUCACAGAUGGAAACCUGUCUGCAGCAGAAGUAACUGACCACCAGAAUGGUUCUUACACUGUCAGCUACCUGCCUAAAUAUGAGGGGGAGCACCUCGUGUCUGUGUUGGUGUGUAACCAGCACAUCCAGGGCAGCCCCUUCAAGGUGAUCGUCAAGUCAGGGCGGAGCUACGGCUCCCUGGGCUCCCAGGUGUCAUCGUUUGGUUCUGAGGGUGAGGGAGAUGGUCAACUGUGUCGUCCCUGGGGCAUCAGCGUGGACAAGGAGGGAUAUGUGGUGGUGGCUGAUCGGAGCAACAACCGCAUACAGAUAUUUAAGCCUUGUGGGGCCUUCCACCACAAGUUUGGCUCUCUGGGUUCUCGGCCGGGACAGUUUGAUCGUCCAGCAGGGGUUGCAUGUGACAGUCAGAGACGAAUCAUUGUGGCUGAUAAGGACAAUCACCGUGUGCAGGUGUUUACUUUUGAGGGCCAGUUCCUGGUGAAAUUUGGGGAAAAGGGUACAAAGAAUGGGCAGUUCAACUAUCCCUGGGAUGUGGCUGUCAACUCUGAGGGUAAGAUCCUGGUCUCGGACACCAGGAACCACCGUGUGCAGCUCUUUGGCCCUGACGGCUCCUUCCUCAACAAGUAUGGCUUUGAGGGGGCCCUGUGGAAACACUUUGACUCUCCCAGAGGAGUGGCAUUUAACCAUGAAGACCACCUGGUGGUGACCGACUUCAACAACCACCGACUGCUCGUCAUCCGACCUGACUGCCAGUCUGCUCGUUUCCUGGGCUCCGAGGGCACCGGAAACGGGCAGUUUCUGCGGCCCCAGGGUGUCGCUGUGGACCAAGAGAACCGCAUCAUCGUGGCCGACUCCCGCAACCACCGAGUCCAAGUGUUCGAGCCCAAUGGAAACUUCUUAUGCAAAUUUGGCACACAGGGGAGUGGUUUUGGACAGAUGGAUCGUCCCUCCGGUGUGGCUGUGACGCCUGACGGAGUUAUUGUGGUUGUUGACUUUGGAAAUAAUCGCAUCCUCAAAUUCUAAAAAAAAAAAACAAGAAUAGAAUUCUUCUCAUCCUCCGUUGGCCCUUUUGCAGUUUUUUUGGAUGAAGGACAUGGAGGAGAGAGAAUGAAUCAACAGACACAACAGGAGAACUCAGAGAGGAUUGAGAGUAUGUUGAAGUGAAGGGAAAUUAAAACUGUAGAUUUUUUUUUUUUGCAUUUAAAUAGUUCUCUCAAUCAGAUAACUGUGGUAUGUAUUACAAUGGGGACCUCUACAAAUUGAUAAUCAGUAGAAAAGGAGCCAUAUUUCCCUUCCUCAGUCUCCGCUGCUCUGAAUUUUCUCUGUGGCUCUCCUUUAAGUAUCCAUCUCAGGGAUUUUCUCAUUUUUCUUGAAAUCUUGUACCCUCUGCUCCAAACCUACCUCAUUUAGCUCUUUAUGAAUGUACUCAUAGUCACUGAGCAGAGGUUUUAGUCCGUGAAGUUUUACAAAGAAGAAAAGUCUACCUCUAUACUUUGUUAUUUAAGAGAGACAAAAAAAAGAAUGGACUUUUGAGUUGAUAUUUGCACAGGAUUAAUGGAAUUCUUGCUGUGCAUUUUGAAAUAUGAGUUAAAGUGAACCUCCUGAAUGUUGUUGCUGAGACAAUACUCAGAUCGCUGCAGAGGCUGCAUGAUUCAUUCUCAUUAGAGGGCUUCGCUCGAAGAGGAACCAAGGGUACAAUAGUGUCCUUCUCAUGUUAUUUAGGCUGCUUUAGUUUUUUUUGCUUGUGCAGCGCCCCUUGUCCCUUUGUGGCUUUGUGAAGAUCAUAGUGUCAUGAUAGCCUAAAAAGAGUGCCCCAAGCGAUGCCAAACUUAGAAUUAAAAUGAGCUCAGGUCAUGGUAGGAUUUAUUCAGAAGAGCUGUUCUUUCCAGACUGUCCCUAUAGCUUUACUAGCUUAAUGAUGAUUUGAUGAAAUUAUAGACAAGACGAAAUGAUCCCAGAGAUGAUCCCCUCAUGUUCCCUCCCAUAGAAUUAUCCAAAUUGUAUGUUUAUCCUUACAUCCCCAUCCCCCUUAAUGUCCCAUAAGACUGGAUGAACUAGUGAUUUUUUUCUUAUUGAUUAACUCAACUUAAGUUUUUUUUUUCCAGUCAGCAUGAUGAAGUAAGAUGCAAGGAGAGCAGCAACUCCUUCAAAUGGGAGAACCUACCAAAGGAUUUUGGAGUUGGAUUUUCCAAAAUCUAGAUCUCUUAGUGAUCUUAAUGUAGAGAUAUAAUCAUUUCAUUGAAUGACACCUUUUAGGUGAGGCAUGCUGUGUGACAAAAGCCUUACAAGUAGACAACCAUUUUUGCUGUCGGGAGGACAUGAAAGACACAAAACAUAGUCAUUCUUUUGAUUUAGCUGUUGGUUGAAACUCACUCACUUUGGCUCCUGGGGCCAAGGUUAUAGUCCAGUCCAAUUAGAGGGCAUGAUUACAAAGCCCGGCCUUAUUUAUUAAUCUUAAGAAAUUAGGAGACCUCCCAAGAUUGAGCGCUAGUAGACUGAUUCCUCUAAAGAUGGAGGUCUAAAGACCGACUUCUGGAGUCAACCAAAGUUAGUAUUUCAGCACAAUGGCCCACUGUAGAUAUUGCAAUUAAAGAAAAUGAAUUCCCCACAAAACAUUAUCUUAAAUAAUCAUUGUUGACUGUAACCGAAAAGUUAUUUUAAUUUGUGAAGUUGAGUCUUCAGCGCUGUCCAUGUUAGACUUAGAAGAAUAAAGUGUGCAUAGGUCACAGUUUUUUGUGCUUUCACAUCCUGCAAUGACUAAGGCCCUUUUUAGGAAGGUUUUGAAAGAUCCUUUUCGUCUCUCAGCUGAGAUAUUUUUGUAGAAACAGAAGAUACCCGCACCAAAGAGAACCCCUUUCCCCCUUUGCAAUUAGUACCUCAGACCAUCAUGCAAUGCCCCAAUUUAUAUCAUAAUUAGACUGCCCAAGGGCUCAAAGUAGCAUCUCCGAUUGACCUUUGUAUCCCAAUAUAAUCACCGUAGAAACUAAUAGAUAGUAACCCUUUGUGGUGAAAGCAUUGUGGGGUUUUAAAUCCCCUUGCCCUUGUUUCAAUCUGUGUCCCACUGGAAGCACUAGACAAUUAAGGUUCUAUUUGCAUCUUAGCCUGGCAAAGAAUCUUGGGACUUAUGAGAAGAUUUACCGACUGGCUCUCACCUCUGAGGAGAGGGCCCGUCUGCACAUAAUCGGGAUUUACAUCGUCAUAUCUCCGAUAUCCUGUUUUACCUCCUCUUAUAACUCCUGAAUACCUCAAAUAUGUCACUCAUGGCUUCUGUGCAUUUUAACAUUCAAAUACCUCAACUUCAUAUCCAUUCUAUAUACCUCAUUUUCACUCUUGUGUUUUGACAUACCUCGUCAUUUAUAUUUAUGCGUAACGAAUAUACCUCAUUCUUUGAAUCAUCUUGUGUUACAGUACAGUACAUGUCCCAUAGCUCUUGGACCAAAGAUCAUGGUACUGUUUUGAGUUGAAAAGUCAUUUUGUAUUAUGGUCAUCGCUCCAUGUUCCAACCCUGAACAGCCUUCUGGUUGUUCGUUCUACUGUAAUGCCUGGUAAACUAUGCCUUUUAUCAACAAGAAACCAAAUAUGUCAGAUGAAAGCAUUGUGCCAAAAUGAUCUGUGAGAGGUCUGUGCCAAACAGGGUUGGCAUUUUGACGUGUUGUAGACGGCAUAUGUCACUGGACCAUUAUAUCAUGGAUACAAAUGUUAAAUCAGAGCACCUGAGAAUAAAUCUUGCUCUCUGAUUAGAUGCACUUAAGAGGGCUGGGCCCUGUUUAUCUUUACCUCAUGAUAACAAUGAUGAUGAUGAUGAUCAUGCAGAUUCCACUUGUACAUUGUUACUGUGCGCAGGACAGUUGACAGCAAGACGAUGUGACCUCUUUUAAAGAGUUAAGAACUUCACAAAUCUGCCUUUGAUAUACCUCAGAUAUCAGCACAAUUUACCAACCUCUCAGUGUGGAUUUUUAGGAGUCUUGAUGUUGGUUGUGUAGGACCGUGAGACCAGUGUAAACCCAACCGUUUUCACUUUGUGGUUUAAACAAACCCAUCAGAGGAUUCCUCCUAAUAGGUGACAACAGGCUGGGUUUUUAUUUAAGGGGAGCUAUUAGCACACUGACAGCGAGCAAGUUUGAUUCCACAGAUGCUUUUAACCCAACAUAAGAUUGUUUUUUUGUUUUUCAGUAUUAACUCUGUGAAAUGUUCAUUCAUGUUGCAUCAGUUUUUUUUUUUUUAUUAAGAUUGCAGAAUUCUAUCUUUAAGAUCUUUAGGUCUUCACUCUUAAAGAGGAAAAAUGUUUUUUAAGCAUUUGUUUUUUCAUUUUGUUGCAUGCUUUAAAAAGUCUUUAUAUUAUACCGAUGUCUCUCAGAUAGGUGUUGCAAAAACUCAGAUGGGGUGGGUAGCUAAUUAUUGGGAUGGUUUUACCAAAAUAUAUACCCAAAGAUUUGUAUGUGUGUGUUAGGAUUGUGUUUGAUGGAAUUAACCUUUGACCUUUGCGAUUGUAUUUCUUGUUCUCGAGGCUCUGCAGAGUACAACCUGUUGGGUCAGCCAAGCCUCCAUUCCUGAGAGUUUUCAGAUGAAUGCAGAAGGCUCGUGUGGCCCCUGGACCAUUAGUGCUUGGUUUUCUCCCUCUAUUAUGCACAAUAUGUGUAGACAUAUUCACAUAUUCGAACUCCUCUCACACUCAAAGCCCUGUAACUUUUAAAAGCUGUAAAAGCGUCAUGCUAGGUGAAGAAUGACCUCACCAACGACAAUGAAUCAACAGGACAGCCAGUUUUUUGUUUGAAGUUGUAAUAACACAUACUCACUUUAAUGUGAGAAGCAGCUAGGAUUCUCCAGCACAAACUAGCAGGCAGCCCUCUUCCUUGUCUUUAAAAUAAUCCAGGAAGGGUGGGGAUGGCUGCUGAGCAUGUGACUGGUAGAGUGUACACCUGCUCAGCUGGAUUUUUUUUCUAUUUUCAUAGGGGCCCCUGUGGUUUUUGUCCACCAUUUUAUUUCUGGCCUCUCAUGGCUUUAAGAGAAAAAAAAAAAGCAAAGCUGCACCAGGUGACACGUGCAAGGUCGUAGACCUCCUUUUGAUGAUUGUAUACUCGAAAGAAAGGAAAAAAAAAAAAGAAAAAGGAUUGAAAAUUUGAAAAGGAAAAAAAAAAAAAAAACUCAGGUAGUUCUCAGCAGCCCUGCCCUGCAGGUGUCUCAUUGAAACGUGUUCCGUAGUGAUGAUGUAGUUUCCCCCUGUUAUGAGCUCUCAUUACUAGUAUGAUUCUUUUGUGUGUCCAUUUCCAUAUUAUAAAAAAAUAUAUUUCUAAACCCAAUCUAAAAAAUAAGGCUUUGACUAGUGUCCCCUGAUUAAUCUGUUGUUUUUUUGCUCAUUUUUGUUUCUCUCACAAAGAAGUACAAAUACGUGUCGCCACUUGAUGCUCAUUGGCCCUUUUAGAAUGUAUUUUAUGAAGAAAGGGGUCAAAUGGGGUCUUGCUGAUGCUCACUCUGAACAGCCAGCCGCUGGUACGAAAACAAGACACAUAAAAGGUGUUUUUCUCAAUACUUUUUGCUAAAUGUUUGACACCAGCAAUACUUGGAGUAAACGGUGGGAUCAUAUGGUUGAAGUGGAACAUGCAACACGUUCAUUUAGCCACCAGCUUUAAUAUCAGCCUCCCAGAUAGGGGCUGUUUGUUUGGCCCAAAGGGAAAAACAGCUCAUCUUGGACAACCUUUUGUUUCUGUUUUCUCGUUCUCCCAGCAGCUGACUGUGAGGAGUGUGUACUGUGUUUGUGCGCUGCAUAUGUGUUGUCUAAGCAGAAAUCCACUGAAUGUAUCCUCAGUCCAAGAGGCAGGGAGAGACAGCGGGGCCAGCUGAGUUUAGAUGGGUGCUGCUGGUGCUUCCUCAGCCAGGUGUGUGUGUGUGUGUGUGUGUAUAUGUGUGUGUGUGUGUGUGUGUGUGUGUGUGUGUGUGUGUGUAUGUAUGUGUGUGGGUUUGCCAGCACACCUUCCCUCCCUCUUAAAACAUGCACACAUCGGGCUGAGUGAAGUACAGAUGUCAGGUCUUCAGUCUAAAUAAGGCAAAGGAGACUAUAAUAUAUUGGCCACUUGCUGCUCUCUCUGUAUUCUGUGGACUUUAAACAUUUCCUAUGCAGUUUUUGUUUGCUUUUUUUGUUUACACUUAAAUAAAGUUGUAUUUCUUUGACUUCAAAA